CAGCCUCAGUCCAGAUGAACGUCUUCGCAGAGUUAUAAAACAAGAACGUUGUUUCUCCCUGCUUAGACUGUAGAUGCCUGUUCAAAUUAUCCACAUUCUGUAGUCGGGUUAUGAACGUGGAGGAGGUGGUGCGCAUGUUGUGUUUCGGUCGAGCGAUGGUCUUCUUCUUUCCAAGGGUCGCUGGGGCAUGGGAGAAGAUCGUGUUGUGUUGCUCAUGAGGAAGAUUUGGCGUCGAUGUUACAGCAUCUGGUGCUGGAGACACAGUAACAUCUGACCCUUCUCCUUCUUGUAUUCCUUCUCCCUAGUCCCGCCCAGUAGCUGUGAUAGCACUUGAGGUGAGUUCGCACCCUUGGAGCCGGGAAACUUGACGACUACAGUGGUCAACCUCGUAAGGUGAACAUUUGGUGUAGCAUUAGCAGCAUGUAGGCCAAGAACAGAGGGCUUAUGCUCUUCAGUCACUGAAUAAACACCUUCGGGAGCGACGAAGCGUCUGGGAGUUCCGUAGUGGCGGUAACGGUGAAGGAAGAAACAGGAAGACCCGGAUCUUGGACGAAAGCCUUCUCCUCGACUGCCAUGAUCAAAUCCCCAAAACUAGCUCGAAUCCCUCACAGAAAUGUGCUUUCGAUAAGAUCUAAUCGUCGAUGGCAGUCGACGAGCGCCGAGCCGCCGCCGGCUGAAGGUCAUUUACCCUCAGUCGCUACUUCAUCCUUUCUGCGAACCACUCCGGAUUCAGCAUUGCGCGCACCGGGGUUGCAAUGGGCAGAUGAUGGUUUAUCGGGGCCACCAAAUAUCGCGCUUGCAGAGCGCGAGACGCGAAAGAUGAAUCUAUACCAGGCGGUACGCGAUGCUAUGAGUAUUGCCUUGACGAAAGAUGACACCGCAGUAGUGUUUGGAGAGGACGUUGCCUUUGGCGGAGUGUUCAGAUGCACCAUGGGUCUUGCUGAAGAGUUUGGUCGCGAACGUGUAUUCAAUACCCCGUUAACUGAGCAAGGCAUCGCAGGCUUCGGAAUUGGCCUUGCGUCUAUGGGACAUACCGCUAUUGCUGAAAUUCAGUUUGCCGACUAUAUCUAUCCGGCCUUCGAUCAGCUUGUUAAUGAAGCUGCAAAACAUCGGUUCCGCUCAGGUGGUCAGUUUGGCGUUGGUGGUCUCACGAUCCGGUGUCCAACAAUGUCUGUCGGACACGGCGGUCUCUAUCACUCUCAAAGUCCGGAGGGAUUCUUCCUUGGCGCAGCCGGCCUCAAGCUCGUAAUUCCACGAUCGCCCGUACAAGCGAAAGGCUUGCUCCUUGCUUCCAUUCGCGAUCCUAAUCCUGUGAUUUUCAUGGAACCGAAGAUUCUUUAUCGCUCCGCUGUUGAACAAGUACCAAUAGGUGACUUCGAGAUCCCACUAGGAAAAGCGGAAACACUCGUCAAUGGCUCAGACCUCACAUUACUUACCUGGGGUACCCCGGUCUAUCACUGCGAGACGGCCAUCCACAUGCUUCGAUCUCCGCCAGAGUCCUUAGCUAAGCACAUACCCCAGUCUAUUCGUUCGGCCAAAGUAGAGCUCAUCGACUUGCGAACAAUUCUUCCUUGGGAUGUCGAGACUAUUGCAGAGAGCGUUGAGCGGACUGGUCGAUUGGUCAUUGUCCACGAGGCCAGUAGGACUGGAGGCGUCGGUUCUGAGAUCGCUGCCGAAAUUCAGAAACGGUGUUUCCUGAAGUUGCACGCGCCAGUCAAGAGGGUUACGGCUUGGGAUACCCCAGUGCCAAUGCAAUACGAAAAGUUCUAUAUACCUGACCCUCUGCGAAUUGUGGACGCUAUCGUGGGGACUUUGACAUACUGAUAUGUCCGACGCGGGAAGAUAAUAACAUAGCCCACACAUGUAUAUACCACACAAUAUUUAUUGACAACAUAGCAAAGUUGACAACGUAAUCACUCAGUCUUUAUUAACAA